CUCGAAAGAAAGAAUAUCUAGAGCGGAAAACCCAAAAGACGCAAAACCACAAACCGCAGAGCUCUGGAGAAACGCCGCACAAAUCGCAAAUCUCCCAUUUUCCCACCUUACUACGCAGCCGCAAUUACUCUUCACCACUCCAUUUCUCUCAUAAUUCCGGCAGCCCGAACUUCAGAUUCCGGCUGCGGAUUCGUUUUUUUCUCCCCGAUUGGGGUUAGCAGUGGGUGGAAAAGUUGAUUGGACGAUCGGGGAGAUGCGAUGCGAUUCUUCAGAAGGAUAGCGGGAAUACUCGGGUUCGUUAGAGACGAAGGCGGCGACCACGGAGAAGACCAAGAAGAAGGAGACCACGAAGCGGAGCAGCAAUGCGUUCCUCCUCCUCAUCAUCAUCAAUCACGGCAGCAGCAUCGUCCCGAUUACCGCGAAACAGGGAUUCCACGCAAAGGGUUCAGCGUCCCUGUCAAGGUCGCCGUUGACCGGCAGCAGCCUGGCCCUAUUCUCAUCCCUUGCAAAGCUGGUGAUGGCGGCGUCCAGGGUCUGAGGUGGUAUGCAAAGAGCCUCAAGAUAGAUGAAGACGGAGAUGUUGCCAACGAAUUCCUCGACGAGACCAUCUCACUGUUACCAACCCCCACUAGUUUCAGUUUCGGCAAUGACCCUUCAGCGUUGCCUAGGUUCGAGGCAAGGUCUAAUGUACGCCAUGCAAAGGUCAGGAGGCAGUUCAUGUCCCCUGAAGGUAAGUUCCUGAACUGCAUUGAACACCAAGGCGGAUUCCAACUGGUAUGACGAUCACAAGAACGCGAUUUUCGGAUUUGCCGAGGAACACCAUGGGAAACGCAUGCCGGGUGUCGGGGUUGGUGUUAUAAUGAAGUCUAUAUAGAGCUGAAUAUGGAGAUGAGUCCUGCCAUGGUCUUUCCCUUAUCUCUUUCACCCAUGGAUUAUUGGUUUCUGCUAUUGGUGGUAAAAAGAGUGUAUUUUUGCAAACAAUGCGCACCUGGAAAAUUGUACUAAAUAUAUAUGCCCAAAACAUAGGGCUCUUUUGAUAUCACAUUACGUACACUCUUUUCCUGGGUGA